AUGGCUUACUCUAACAAGGAAGUGUCUUCUCUUAUUAUCGACUACUUGAACAAAGUCGUCUCUAAGGCUGAAGUGUCUGCCGAUGACAUCGAUUCUUUGAAUGUGGCCAUCGAUUGUUUAACCGAGGUGUUUGGCGUCGAAAAAGACACGCUAUCAGCCACUAUUGAGUCUAAAUUUAACGGCAAGAGUUUGACCGAGCUUUUGGAUGCUGCUUCCCAAAAUGCGGGCAACACCGAUGAAUGCAAGACGGAAACUGUUAAAAUUAAUAUUCCACAAGAAGAUGCCGAGACCAAGGCUAAGGCGGAAGCCUUGAAACUGGAAGGUAAUAAGGCCGUGGCCAGUAAGGACUACGACCUUGCUGUUGAAAAAUACACCGAGGCUAUCAAGAUACUGCCCACGAACGCUGUUUACUUUGCUAACAGGGCUGCUGCGUACACCAACUCACAGAACUACGACGAGGCUGUCAAGGAUGCUGAGGAAGCUAUAAAGCUUGAUCCAGCUUACUCGAAGGGUUAUUCUAGACUAGCUUACGCUAAGUACGUUCAGGAGAAUUUUGAGGAAUCCCUAGAGGCUUACAAGAAGGUGCUAGAAAUUGAAGGUGACAGUGCUACCGAAGUUACAAAGAGAGGGUACGAGACCGCUAAGAAGAGGGUGGAGGAGUCGCUAAAUCUAGAAAAGUCGGUACCAACUGAAAGUGCUGGUGGCCAAACUAACCCAGCUGCUGGUGGUGGUUUCCCCGAUUUCAGUUCCCUGAUGAGUGGUGGCUUGGAAGGCUUGAUGAACAACCCACAGAUGAUGCAGGCCGCUCAAUCAAUGAUGUCCAAUCCAGGUGCGAUGGAAAAGAUCCAAUCCAUGAUGCAAAACCCUGCGAUUCAACAAAUGGCAGAACAGUUCAAGGGCGGGAACACUCCUGACUUCAGUGAAAUGAUGAACAACCCUGCCGUGAGAAACAUGGCAAGCAGUCUAUUUAGCGGUGCUGGUGAACCAGCUGCACCAAAGGAUGAUGCCAAACCAGAAUAG